UCAUACCUCACUAACCAUUCUCCACCACCAUUACGUCAUUUCCCUAGUUCAAAUAAUCCAAGUUCGUUUCGACUUGUGUAAAUGAGUCAACGAGCUCGACGCUUUCGAUUAGAACUACGCUGGUUGUUAUCGUCUUCUAGUUAUACAUAUGAAGAAACAGGCUACCUCUCUUCUUCAUACCACACCAAAUAGUGAACUUUCACCAUUUAUCCUUUCACAGAGUUCUAUACGAUUUGCUACGCGUAUUGCGUUCGUCUUUAUCAUCCGCGAUGAAAUUGUUCAAGCAGCAACGUGGGCGGAUCCAGGAAAGUCGAUUUGUCUGGGCUUGACACUCACACUAUUCUCAUUAUAUCCGCUGACUAUUGGUCUUAUUUUGUUCGUAUGUGUUAUUACUAUGAUGCCAAAUAAUCUGAAACGUGACUUCACCAGCAAUCUCCGGGAUUUGCAGAAUUCCAUGACCCUGUAUUGCGACAUAUACGACAAGAUGGUCGCUUUUCGAGAGAACUGGUGUCAUUAUGUUUCUCCAAAGAUAAUUUCAUCAAUCGUCUUUGCUGGUGUUUGCUCAGUGUUCCUGCUUGCGUCUUUGAGAAUUACAAUAGACCGGUACUUGCCUCUCCUAAUAUGGGUUUCCCUACUCGCACUGCAUCCUGCUGUUCGAAAGUACUUUGGUCGUGAUCUCCGUGUACGGCAAUCUGCUAUGCAGGGCUUCCAGUUGCGAAACGAGACCGCAAUUGUUUGGAGUCAUUCGUUGGGUUCGAGCAACGAACCAUGUUAUUUUACAAACUCACCAGACGAUAAUGAACGAACUGAGCGGGUAACCUCACUAGACUUAGUACUACCUCCCACGAAUUAUAACUGGGCUCCCAACAGCCGGUGGAAGUUUGUGCCUCCUGAUCAGUACUGCCGUCAUAUUCGGUGGAGUCCGACAGCGUCCAAGUGAGGGCGAGUAAUGUACGAUAUUUUUUUGUAGAUGGUAGCAAGGUUUUGGGCACAAUAGACAUAAUACCGCCUGAACAGGGGAGAUGGCGAGGUGGUCUUGGGUGUAUGGAAUUGAGCGUUAUGCAAAACAGAUUUUCACUCCCGUAUAUGAGCUUUUAAUCACCAGCAACCGUUCACUGCUCGUAUUAAGAAUUUCUUUCAAAUAUUUACUCAGUUUCACCGGAAACAAAGUAUCUGUCAAUUAGUUAGCAUAAUGAGAGACAGUUCCUCAGACAAAACACUCACCCCUUCUGAUCUAUAACUGAGGUUGUCUUAGACAACACGGUGUAACGACAAACCCACUUGGCGUGAACGGGCCUCUUUUCGUCUGUUGGACAUGCGCUCUGCACGAACGAUGUAAUCUCAUCACUGUUCAAUAAACAAGAGCAGUCUGCAUGGAUGAAUAGCUUAAUGUGUUCAGCUUCUGCAUACUCCACGAGUUCGCGGGGCAACUUCACCAUGCUGCCAACAUUCACCUGCGUGGAAGCAGGGCGUAUAGAGACACGAGGAAGGAGGUACUGCAAUUCUUGCACUCCAAACUCACUCACACUCAGCUCGUCCACCUUUUUCGCCUUCACCUUUUCCUCCAACAACUAAGUCAUGUGUGAGCAAAAGACCGCAACAAAAGCAAAUAGCUGUUUAGAGUUUGUCGGACUUCACAUACCUUCCAAGUAUCAACCCAAGACUGACGCUCCUCAGGAGACACUUCCUUGAAACUCGCGUAUGUUUUGUCAUGAGAGACACAGACACUGUCAUGUGUGAAUGAAAUGUGAGGGAAUGAAGCAAUCAGAGUCGUCACAUGAUCGAUUUUUAACACUGCUUUAAGAGCUUCAAAGACCUCAUCAAUUGUUUUUUUGCGUUCAUUCAAGUCAAUCUUUCCGUCAUCCAGAAAGAAAAGUUUCACUAACUUUUGUUAGAAGAACAGUCCCAAAAACGCGUAGAAUAAAGGCCACGAUACAACAUUGUGCUGCUGUUUCCAUUCAUUCAUUCCUCCCUUCUCUUACCGUAAACUUCAUAGGAGUCUGAAAGAUCCUUAGGUGUUGUAAACGCUUCGUUUUCAGGUGCAAACACUGUCAAUCCUUCAACAGGAACGUCCAAAACAUCGUUUCUGGCAGUCAAUCUUGCACUGGCCAGCGAUUUCACCAACUAAUUCUGUCAGAACUGCAAACUCAAAAAAAACCUCCAACCAAAGUCGCUUUUCACCCCAAUGAGACGCAAUUGUUCACGUUCUUGCUUCGUACCUCCAAAUUGGAUUUUUUAUAAGUAGCAUUCCAAAUUCCACUUCUUAGCUCCUUCGUAACGUCUCCAGUACACAGAAUGACAUGCUUCGAACAGCCCA